AUGGCUUGGUACGGCUCCAUAGUGCCGUUUUGUACAUUGGCUCUCAUCUUGACUGUUCUCUCACAGAACUACAGAAUAUCCGCAGAGGAAGUGGAUCUUACAGUAAAUUCAGCGCACGUCAGACACAAGAGGAGCAUCAGAGGUCCACCCGGGAGUCCAGGAGAAAGGGGUGAACCUGGCGAUGAUGGUGCUCACGGUAUUCCUGGCCCACCUGGUGCUCCGGGACCAACCGUUAAGAGUCCCAAUGAAAUGCUUCUCAGUUUUACCGCAAAUGCAGAUAAAGCUGGAGGGCAGCAGUUGAAUCUUCAGUACGUCAAAGCCCAAGUGGGUCCCAUCGGUCCUAGAGGGCAGAAAGGCGCUCAAGGUGUUGCGGGUUAUCAAGGCCCUGAUGGACAUAAAGGGGAACGAGGAGAACCUGGACCAUUGGGCAGCAUAGGUACACGCGGUUACACUGGUACUGUUGGCCCAAAAGGAAGACAGGGUGAUCCUGGUUUGGAUGGAUACCCGGGACCCGAAGGUCUCAGAGGACCAGCUGGCAUACCAGGACCGUCGGGAAUUCCAGGACCUAGCGGAAUAAAAGGUUUCAAGGGAUUUCCUGGUCCCGUUGGAGAGAAAGGAGAACUCGGACGUACCGGAGAUAAAGGACCAGAUGGGCCUCCCGGACCUGCUGGAGAGCCUGGUGAUCUCGGACCUCGCGGUCCUCCCGGAGAAAGGGGACCUGAUGGAAAGCCAGGACCACAGGGCAUCAGAGGAGUGGACGGAACUCCAGGCCCAGCUGGUGAAACAGGAAAUCCUGGUCCACCUGGACAAAUUGGUAUUCCCGGUUUACCUGGGCCGAAGGGAGAUCCCGGAAGUGGUGGUCCAAAAGGAGCUAUUGGUCUACGAGGACCACGUGGUCCGAAUGGCCCAACUGGUCCCAAUGGAGAGACUGGACCUGCUGGUGAUCUAGGACCACCUGGAUCUCCAGGUGCUGUUGGUCAUAGAGGAUUUCCUGGAGCUCCAGGAAUUACAGGACCUCUAGGAUCAAAAGGAGAUGCGGGUCCAAUCGGAUCUCAAGGUAGACAAGGAGAAACAGGAGGAAAAGGAGUGCCUGGAAUUUUGGGAGAACGCGGAGAAGUUGGAUUACCAGGAGAAGCUGGAAAAAGGGGUCCAAGAGGAGCUGCUGGUAUUGACGGUCCAUCUGGACCACGAGGAGAAAGAGGGCUUUCUGGGGAAAGAGGACUUCCAGGACCAGAUGGAGCCAGCGGGCCUCAAGGUGAAGCUGGAGAACGAGGUCCCACUGGAGAACCAGGAAACAAAGGACCAACUGGUGAUGUAGGAAAACCGGGGCCCGCUGGACCUGCUGGUGCUAGAGGUUCUCCUGGCAGAGCUGGAUUGCCUGGCCCUGAAGGGCCUGCUGGCCAACCGGGUCCGAAUGGACAAGAUGGGAAAGAAGGAGAACAAGGUCUUCAGGGAGCUCCUGGAUUGGCUGGCAUUCAAGGAGCUCCAGGUCAACCAGGUUUAUCAGGUGAACCUGGAAGAGAUGGAAAUCAAGGUCAGCCAGGAGCUCCUGGAUCACCAGGUGACAGAGGAAAAGACGGCGUACCUGGCGCUCAAGGAGCACCUGGACCAGCGGGUCCCCCUGGAGAAAGAGGGCCUGUUGGCGAUAAAGGACCACAAGGUUUUCCGGGAAAACCAGGUGAGUCUGGUGCUGCAGGAGAUCAAGGAAAGCCAGGAGAGGCUGGACCUGUUGGACCCGCUGGACCUACCGGACCUGCUGGACCAGCCGGUGAAAGAGGAGGACCAGGAGAGCGAGGUCAGACUGGACCCCGCGGACCAACGGGAGAAAAAGGUCCAAAUGGUGUUCUUGGUGUAGUCGGAGCCCCGGGUCCAGCCGGAGAAAGAGGUGAAAUUGGACAACCUGGACCUCCUGGACCAAUUGGUCUGAACGGAGACAGAGGAACGAUGGGAUUUAUCGGACCAAAAGGAGACAGCGGAGACGUUGGUCCUCGAGGUAGACAGGGACCACAAGGAAGAGCUGGAGACAUAGGAGCUCGCGGACCACCAGGGCCUAUUGGACCUCCCGGAGCCUCGGGACCAAAAGGAGAGAGAGGCGAGGCUGGAUUAAAAGGUGCCACUGGAUCGCAAGGUAGCACCGGCGAAAGAGGACCUGCUGGACCAACUGGUUCACCGGGACAGCCUGGUCUUCCUGGAGGUUCAGGAUUACCUGGUGCUAAAGGAGAAUUAGGCUUUCCGGGAGAUAGAGGUUUGCCCGGACCUGCUGGGCCACAAGGAGAAAAGGGACCAAUGGGAGCUACCGGGAAAGAUGGUGUUCAAGGAAGACAAGGACCAAGAGGAGAUUCUGGAUCUCAAGGUGAAGCUGGUUUGCCCGGGCCACCUGGACCUGUUGGCCCUCUCGGCAAUCAAGGAAACCAGGGACCAUCUGGAAGUCCUGGACCAAUGGGAAAAGAAGGCAUUAAGGGCUUGAGAGGAAAGCAGGGAGCUCCUGGAAGACAAGGAGAUGAAGGUAAUCCUGGUGAACCUGGAAGAGAUGGAAACAAAGGGGAUCGAGGAGACGACGGAGCUACAGGACCUGUAGGACCAAGAGGAGCAGCUGGUCAGCCGGGUGAAAGAGGUCAAGUUGGAGACUCUGGAGAAAGAGGAGAACCCGGACCCCCUGGAGCCGCUGGAGAGCCUGGUGAGAUGGGAGCUCCAGGGGAAGACGGCCCCAAAGGAACCAGAGGUCCUCCAGGUCCCGUUGGGCCGAUCGGAGAGCCAGGGCCUCCAGGUCCCACCGGUAUCGAAGGAGCUGCGGGUAAAGAAGGCAUUGCUGGAGUGAUGGGUCGUCCAGGUGAUAAAGGGCCUCCAGGGUCUACUGGUCUGCCAGGAUCUGUUGGACUGCCUGGUCUUCAAGGAGCACAAGGCAAAGUUGGUGAUACUGGACCAGCUGGAGAGCCCGGAUCCAAAGGUCAAUUAGGACCCAAAGGUUCUCCUGGACUAGUUGGGCCACCGGGUGUUCCUGGAGUAGUCGGUGGAACAGGCCCAUCUGGUGCCACAGGAGACAAAGGAAGAAAGUUAAUCAAAAUACAAUCUUCAAGUUUAUAUGAGUUUUCAAUUUCAUCACUAGCUUGCACGGAUGGGCAGGGUGAGAAAGGUAAUCCCGGAUUGCCAGGCAUUCAAGGAGUUCCAGGCGCACAGGGAGAGCCAGGAGAUGAUGGUCAUUCCGGGGCACCUGGACCACUUGGACCUCGAGGUGAUGUCGGAGUUCAAGGAAUCACUGGAGUUGUUGGUCCCGAUGGACCCACUGGAUUCAAAGGACAGCCUGGUCCACCAGGCCCACCUGGACCCCCUGGACUACCUGGCGUUCCAGGAUCGCGUAGAGGAACUCCUAACAUUCACUACGCCGAGUUUUUCACUAGAACGAAACCCAUUCCUGACAAUUUAUUUUUUGAUGAUCCGAAAAUUGUCUCCGCCAGUAUGGAUAAAGAUAUGUUGAGUGGAAGACAUGCAUUUGAAGAAUUAGAUAAAAUUCGCGAUACUCUCAGCAGUUUGAAACAUCCAAAGGGAACCAAACAGUCUCCGGCAAGAAGUUGCAAGGAUCUUUUCCAAUCUCACCCAGAACUUGCGAGUGGAUUAUAUUGGAUUGAUCCAAAUGGUGGCAGCAGCCUAGAUUCAGUUCAAGUUUAUUGUGAUAUGAAAACUAGAAGAACUUGCAUCAAUUCAAGGCUUGCUGAAAUCGAAAAGAAGAAAUGGCAUACAGGAGAAACAAAGAGAAUGUGGUUCGGUGAAGACCUCCGAGAAGGUGCACAGUUUGAAUACAACAUGAAUGUGGUGCAGCUUACCUUCCUGCAACUGCACAGCUCAUCAGCUUACCAAAACAUUACUUACCACUGCAAAAACUCAGCCGUUUACUACGACAAAAAAAUAAACAAAUAUGACAACGCGGCAAUCUUCAAAUCAUUCAACGAUAUUGAUCUUGUUCCUCUGAAGCCAGUUAAAUUCCGAUAUUCAGUAACGUCUGAUGAAUGCCAACAUCGUAAAGAAGAGUGGGGUUCAACCGUCUUUGAAUUCAAAACUAACAAGCCAAAAAGACUGCCUAUUAAAGACGUUAAUCUGGCAGACAUUGGAGACAAUCAGGCCUUUGGUUUUACGCUUGGACCCGUCUGCUUUUCAUAA